GAGCUGCAGCAGCUGGAGCAGGCGGAUCUGUGUCUAUCCCAGUCCAUCCCAGUCCAUUCCCAGUUAAUCCCAGUUUAUCUCUCUCUCCCAGUUCAGCCCAGGAGCUGCAGCAGCUGGAGCAGGCGGCGCUGCCGGAGUGGGAGCAGCGCUGGGAGCUGCUGAUGGACCGCGAGCGCUUUCGCCUCUGGCGCCGCCCCAUCCCGGGCUCACACCUCUUCCAGUACCGGGUGUUUGGUUCCUACACAGAUGUGACCCCGCGGCAAUUCUUCAAUGUGCAGCUGGACACCGAGUACCGCAAGCAGUGGGACUCACUGGUGAUCAAACUGGACGUGAUCGAGCGCGACCCGGCCACGGGGUCCGAGGUGAUCCACUGGGUGACACAGUUCCCGGUGAGUGACCCUAAAAUGGGAUUUGGGAUUGGGUUUGGGAUCGGGAUUGGGAUCAGGAUCCACUGGGUGACACAGUUCCCAGUGAGUGACCCUAAAACAUUUGGGAUCUGA